ACAACCAACUCUCCUCUCCUCUCAAUACAACACACACAUCUCCACUCCUUUUUUGAUGGCGAGUCGCGAUCCCGCGGCAACCACCUAGAACCCCCCAUUGACCGGGGGAGAAGCUGCCGUAGGGAGCCAAAACCCCGGCUCUGAGUGGAUCAGGAGCAUCCACUCAGAACCUUCUCGAUCACAGGAUCCACACUCCUAUAGUGGAUCACGUACAGUUUGAGGCCUAGCCACGAACUCGAUCACGUCUCCACGAAGCCCCUCUCCCUAAGAUUGGGCAUGACUACUCGGCGCCACCCGAUGUCUGGGGAGCGCGGCUUCUUCUUGUCCGACGAGAGUGCCCUCAACAACCAGAUUCAGGCGACUCACUUACCCGACAUGGAGGAUAUCAACGUGAGGCCGAUCCUCAUCAUCAUCGAGGACAUCAUGCGCCUCACCCAGCCUUCAGGCGACGCUCAUGCUACUACAACUAUUACUGCUACUACUCAUGUGGCUCAGGCUCAUCCUCUCUUGGACAAGUCGACCGAUAAGGUUUCUCACGGUGGUGCAUACUAUGACGAGAAGUCUUACCAGACGACCUAUUGCGAUGAGAAGGCCUACCACCAGCCUUCUUAUCGCGAUGAGAAAGCCUUCCACAAAACUUCGUAUCUCGAGGCAGAGAUAGUCAAAGUGCUAGCCUGUCCCAUCAACAGGGUCUCAUGCGAGAUCGUGUGCAAAAUUGCCGGUGGGGGAGAAUCACACCAAGUGACAAUGGACCUCCUUAGAUCCCUAACAAGCUACGCCUGGGAAGCCAAGAUCGUGAUCGCCUUGGCGGCCUUCGCCAUCAACUACGGCGAGUUUUGGGUGGUGGAGCAUCUCCACAUCAAGAACCCCCUCGCCAAGAACAUCGCCACACUUGAGGACUUGCCGGACACCCUGGCCAUGGCCGGCGGGGGCGAGCCGAGGAAGCAAUUCGACGCCGUGAUCCACCUGCUCACCAAGAUACUCGAGGUCACUCACUGCAUCAUCAAGUUCAAGGAGCUCCCCCCUCUCUACAUCAGCGCUCAGUCGCCCGAGAUCACCGCUGCCAACACCAACAUCCCCUCCGCCGUCUACUGGAGCAUCCGAGGCAUUCUCGUCUGCGCCUCCACGCUCCUCAACCUCAUCGACGGCGGCUAUGAUUACCCCUCCACCUUUACCUCGUGGGAGAUACUGAAUCUGGCCCACAAGCUCAGUGUCAUAUUUAACCGUUUACAGAAUUCAAUAGAGAUUUGCAACGAAAUCAUUGAGAGGAAGAAGUUAGAAGAUGCCUACAUCAAGUUCAAGACGCUUCUAGAAACUACUCACAUCGACAACAUGCAAGUUCUUACCGAACUCUUCCUAUUCAAAGAAGAUCAAAGGCCACUCUACAACGGCUUAAGAAGGACUAAUGAGCAAUUGACGGUACUGAAGAUGAAGUACGUCCUGCUCCUGAUCUCGGAUUUGGAGCUCCCCUUAGAGGAGCUCCACGUGCUCUACAUGAUCCAAUACGAGUGGUCGGUGAAGCACGACUACGAGGUCCUGUGGCUCCCGAUCAUAGCCCCGGGGAACGUCGACGAGGUGAAAUUCUACGACCUCCGGAGCAGCAUGCCCUGGUACUCCGCGGACCACCCGGCCCUUGUGAACCCGGCCGCCAUCAGGUAUGCCUGUGAAGAGCUCAAGUUCACCCAUAGGCCGAUGCUCGUGGUCCUCGACCCGCACGGGAAGCUCUCUAACCGCGACGCCCUCCCAAUGAUCUAUAUCUGGGGCGCCAUGGCCUUCCCCUUCACCAAGGAUUGGGAGAGGAAGCUCUGGGAGGAGAGCGAAUGGAACAUCGAGCUCCUCGCAGAUCACAUCGAUCCCCGCAUCCCAGAGUGGAUCAUUGGGAACAAGGUGAUUUGCCUGUACGGCGGGGACGACCUAGAAUGGAUCCGGAGAUUCACGUUGACGGCCCGGGCCGUGGCCAUGGCCGUCGGGGUGGCUCUGGAGAUGCUCUACGUGGGCAAACGAAACCCUGGAGGGAAGGUCCGAAGGUGCCAUGAGGUGAUCACGCGGGAGAACCUGAGCUACAUCUUCGCGUCGGAUUACUACGACUACGUGUGGUAUUUCUGGGAGCGGCUGGCGUGCAUGUGGGUCUCGAGGAAGCAGAUCGAGCGGGCCGUGGACACCGACGUGAUCAUGCGGCGGUUACUGGACCUGCUUACCUACGACAGCACCGAGGAGGGAUGGGCGGUGUUCAGCCGAGGAAACGUCGAGAUCACGAUAGACAUGGGGGAGAAUGUGCUGGCGGUGUUGGAGAGGUACAAGGACUGGGCCCACGAGGUGGACCACCCGGACAAGUUCGUGUCCGUGCUGGACAAGAGCUUGUCCGGGUUCCACCCCGAGCACCACUGCCUCCGCCUCAUCCUGCCGGGGCAGGCAGGGUACAUACCCGAGACGGUUGCCUGCACAUGCGGGAAGACUAUGGACAAGUAUGUUAUGUACCGCUGCUGCACCGACUGAGGACGAGGACGAGGACGAGGACGAGGACGAGCGCCUCGCUAGGGCAGUUGAUCCACUGCUCUUUUUCUUUUUUUUGUAGUAGUAGAAAAUUGUUGCUGUUGCUCUUUUGUUCAAGAGUAUUGGUGUUGGUGUUGGUGGCUGCUGAGUGAUUUGUAUUGAUGCCAUGUUGUACUACUAUUUAUAUACCCAUGGCCAUCUGCAUUGUUUGUUUUUUGUUUACA